AUGAAAACAUAAACAUCUAAAAAUUGCAAUCGAUAAAUGUUUAUCAUCAGAAAUGAAUCAGCUGCUUUAUCAAGAAAACAGCAUUUAUACUAAUCAUCCCCUUAGCCUCCUCUUUAAUUUAUUAUUCAUGGCAAAUCCCUUGGCACAACAAAAUUCAAGUCUUUUAACUAACCAACUCCUAAAGAAAUCAAACUCAAGCAAUCUCUAAAAUCUGUAAAUUUUAAAUCUCUAAUCUAACUAGAUAAAAUUUAAAUUGCAAUCUUUGAAAAUUGAAUAGACUUAAAUUAAGAAAUAAGUAUUGCUUUAAUCAUAAACUUUCAAAUCUAAUUUACAAUAAAUCAAAACCACUCAACAGUUAAAUAUUAAUACAAUUGAACAAUAUUUUAAUGAAUAAAAUAAGUAUCAAAUUAUUAUUUUUUAUUUUCUCAGGUUCUUCUAGCAAGACAUUUCAAGGCUCAAAUAACAUAUUGAAUUAGUAAACUAUUAAAUUCAAUUUUUGUAAUGA